GCUGACCGUUGCGGCGCUGGGGGCGAGGCCAGGAGGGUUUUGAGCCCCGCCCCGGCCCGGUCCUGCCCAUUGCUGUGGCGCCGCGGCCAGCUGCUGCCCCCGGACGUUAACAGGACACCCCACCAUGGAAGAGACCACAGAAGAACCCCCCACAUCAGCUGUGUUCCUGGAUAAUCAUCAUUUCUCUCAGGUUAUCUUCAACAGCGUGGAGAAAUUCUACGUUCCUGGAGGGGAUGUCACAUGCUAUUACAGCCUCACUCAGCAUUUUGUGCCCCGCCGGAAGGACUGGAUUGGCAUCUUUAAAGUGGGAUGGAAGAGCACCCGCGAGUAUUUCACCUUCAUGUGGGUGACUUUGCCCACGGACCUAAACCAUGAAGCAGCCAAACAGCAGGAAGUUCGCUUCAAAGCUUAUUACCUGCCCAAGGAUGAUGAGCAUUACCAGUUCUGCUAUGUGGAUCAGGACGGUGUGAUCCGGGGUGCAAGUAUCCCAUUCCAGUUUCGUCCAGAAAAUGAGGAGGAUAUCCUGGUUGUUACCUCUCAGGGAGAGGUGGAAGAGAUUGAGCAAAAGAACAAAGAGCUUCGCAAGGAAAACCAGGAGCUGAAGGACAGCUGUGCCAGCCUCCAGAAGCAGAACUCAGAUCAGCAGGCUGAGCUCCAGAAGAAGCAGGAUGAGCUAGAAGCCCUGAAAGGCGCCAACCAGAAACUGGAACAGGAGGUGCAAAAGCAGCAGGACAGCUGGGAGACGGAGCUGCUCCCACUGAAAGAACAAAACCUGAAGCUCACCUCUGAGAAUGAGAAGCUGGGAAUAAGAGUGGACCAGCUUCAGGUCCAGCUGUCAACUCGGGAGAAGGAGAUGGAAAAACUUGUUCAGGAAGAUCAAGAUAAAACAAGACAGUUGGAACAUCUGAAAAAGGAAAAUGGAGAGCUCUUUAUCAGUUUAACCACACAGAGAGACCACUAUAACAAGCUGGAACUGACAGUGCAGGAGAUGAAGCUGAGAGAAACUACUGCAGCGAGCAAGCACCAGGCGAUAAUGGAUGAGAACUUUGACCUGUCAAGAAGACUAAGUGAGAACCAGAUGAUAUGCGAUGUUCUGCAGAGAGAGAAAGAACAACUGGAAAGAGAAAACGAUCUUCUGAGGAGGGAGAACAGCAGAUUGCUGAGUUACAUGGGUCUGAAUUGUGAGUCUCUGCCGUAUCAAGCCCAUAUCCCUGAUCAAGAAGGCGCGGCACAGAACUUAGGACUUGCCUUUGGGAACCCAUAUUCUGGCAUCCAAGAAAGUUCUGACCCCGGCUUGAAAUGCUACACUUGCAAUGCCGAUCUUGCCGAGGAGUAUUUUGACCAUACCCUGGAGCAGCAACACCUGCAGACCCUUUGCUUGAAUUGUCCAAUCUGUGACAAGGUCUUCUCAGUAAAAGAGCAGCAGGUUUUCGAAGAUCAUGUAUUCUGCCACUCACUCUAAGUGUCUUGGAUCUCUAUUAUACAAAGAUUUAUAGAAGAGAACCUUUCACUUCUACUCUGGGUUAUGGCCCAAGAUAGCCUGUGUCACCUGAAAUGGUUAGGGAUGGGCUCCACCACGCCAUCUGUGAAAGGUGAAGUCACAUCCAUUAUCUAAAGGGUACCGUCCUGUGGAAGUAAUUCAGGAUCUAACUUCCAUCCCAUUACUUCCAGGCUACUGCUUUUUGAUCACCUAACCGGGCUAUGUCAGCUCUUAACCGGUGGUGCCCCUUUUCCUAUUGGUCUCAUACCAGUAGACCCAGAAGUCUGCUGGUCCCUGGAAUGGAAAGGACCUUGCUAUUUAUAACCCAUCUGAGUGGUCUUACGAUUGGUUUCUAAGUGUCCCCUGACAUUCACAGUUCAGCCCCGUGCUCAGUUCUCAACCCUAACCGUAGGGCUAACCAGAGCUUUAGAAGUUCCUCUUCUUCCUUCUUCCAAAGCGCCUUUCUUCAAUUGAUUGCCUUAGCUAAGCCAAAAGUAACACAACAGAAUUCUGGCAUUCCGUUUGGAUACCAAAGGUUUCUUGUCUUGAUUUCUCAGGUCUUCACAGAGUGUCUUAUUUCUAAGUUGUAGACGGGAAAUAGUACUUCAAUCACAGAAAGCCUUUUUUGUUACUAGAUGCCUCUUCUGGCAUUUUCCUAUACACAUAACUUUUAUUGCUGUCCUUGCUUAAAUUGUUAGAAGUUGUUAGAAACUAUGAGUUUGCAGAUUUUCCAGGCAGGUGAAUUUUGACUGUGGAUAAGCCUGAAUAAUGAAAAUUAUUGUUAAUUGCUGCUUUAAUACUAAAAAUAAAAUAGUCCUCUAUUUGAGGAACUUUGUUAUUUAAAAAAAUAAAACCUUGAGUUUAUGAUCUUUUACUUUUUAACUU